AUGUCGCAAGAUACUGGAUUGUUCAGUAUCAAGCGCCCCCGCGAGACUCUAGCGAGUGUCCAGAACUACUCGUCUAUUCCGCAACCUGCGUCGGCAAUGAAACGCACGAGCACGAUCGGCUUCAACAACCCUCCGUUUACGUCGCAAAACGCGCGCCAUUCCCUGUUGAACUCGGCAAGCAGGCCUCAACAACCCAAUUUCUCCCGCGCAUCCAUCGGUGGACCCUUCGGUGCUGAAGCCGGUCUCUCGUCUGUUCGUCGAUCUGUCUCGAGUAAUAUGUUCCAUGGCGCCAGCGCUGGUCGACAGAGCUUUGCGCCCGGUUCACUCUCGUCUAAUACCGCUCCACAAAAUGUACAGCGCAGAAGCAGUGUUUUUUCGCGACCAUCCAUGGCUGGACCAAUGAGCCACCAGUCUUUCUUCACCCAAGUUCCUGCCGUGGCUGGAGUCCCAAGAGACCCACGACCGCUACGAGACCGAGCCUAUCAGGCGCGCAUUGGUCAAGAGUUGCUGGAGUACUUGACCCAUAACAAGUUUGAAUUGGAAAUGAAGCACACCUUGGGCCAAAAUACUCUUCGUUCGCCCACUCAGAAAGAUUUCAACUACAUCUUUCAGUGGCUCUAUCAUCGCAUCGAUCCGGGCCACAAGUUUCAAAAAGCGAUGGAUUCCGAAGUUCCCCCGAUUCUCAAGCAGCUGCGCUAUCCAUACGAGAAGGGCAUUACGAAAUCCCAAAUUGCGGCCGUCGGUGGUCAGAACUGGUCAACCUUCCUCGGUAUGCUGCAUUGGUUGAUGCAAUUAGCGCAGAUGAUGGACCGGUAUGUGGAGGGUGACUAUGACGAGGCUUGUCUCGAGGCGGGUGUGGAUGUGACCGGCGAUCGCAUCAUCUAUCGCUUCCUCACAGGAGCCUACCACGAUUGGCUACAGGGUGGUGAAGAUGAGGAUGACGACAUGGCCGAGCAGCGCUUGGUCCCACAUAUCGAAAAUAUGUCGCAGGAGUUCGCUCGGGGAAAUGAGCGCUAUGUACAGGAGCUGGAGUCUUUGGAAGCUGAGAACAGGGCUCUCCGUGAACAAAUCGAAGAACUGGAGAAGAAUGCGCCUGACAUGGCUAAAUUAGACAAGCAUUUUCGAAUUUUGGAGGAUGACAAGCGCAAAUUCGAGGACUACAACAACAAUGUCAAGGGCAAGAUUGAGAAAUACGAAGUCCGCAUCAAGUUUCUUGAUACCGAGAUGCAGAAAACCGAUGCCGAGCUGCAGGAGAGCGAAGCAGAACGCCUCGAUCUUCAGGCCAGUGUUGACCAACAAGGGAUCACUAUACAGGACAUUGAUCGCAUGAACACGGAACGGGAACGACUCCAGAAGAGUCUAGAAGAUACCGUGGCUCGCCUGGAAGAAACUCACGCCCGCGUGAUGGAAAAGGAGGCGGAGGCUAGCCAGAAACUAGAGGAUUUGGAACAAUUGGUGAAGGCUUACAACUCCCUGGGCUAUCAAAAUAGCCUGAUUCCAGCGUCCGCUGAGAACGCCAUAGGCCAGGACUUUGAGCUUAGUCUGAAUGUCAACGAGAACAACUUCUCCACUAGCCAGAUUGGCGGUGCGCCGAGCCGAAUUUCUCCGGAGGGUGACCGUCUGUUGGCUGAGCCAUUCACGGGCUAUCACCCGGCGCAUCUGCUGAAUCUAGACCUUCGGGGCGCGGUCCGCAACAGCUUGCAGUCGCUCCGCAAGGAGAUCAACGAGCGGCGAAAACAGGCCAUCGAUGACGAUCUCGACCGUCGGAAUCUACUCGACAAUAUUAAGGAGGCCAUGGAUGAGAAACGCAGUGAGGUCGAAGCACUGGAGCACCGGCGUCGGGCCGCUGAGGAGGAAUUCGACCGCACCAAAGAAAUAACCACCACUCAGAAGACGGCAUCUGACGCACAGAUUGAGAAGAUGGAGAAGGAGCUUGCCAAGAUGCGGGCGACCCUUAGCGACAGUGUACAAUUAAUGGAGCAACGUGAGAUGAACACCAACAUCGAGUACGAGCAGCUUACGCUGCGAGCGAAUGCGCUCCGCGAGGAGCUUCACACCAAUGUUGAGACUAUGCUCAAUGAUGUGAUUCGUUUCAAGGUACACAUUCAGAAGGGUCUCGAGGACUACGAGAGCUUCGUGGUCGACGAAGUGGAGCAAGAGCUGGGAGGCGACAUGCAGCUUGACGAGGAGGAGCUAUGA